AUGGCCUCAACCAGCAAUGUCCGCGCGCCUUGGCGCGAUCUCCUGGCCUCCCAUAUGGCCCAAACUCCCGGCUACGAGUUCACCGUGGCAACCGUGGGCCAAGAUGAGAACAAGCGACCGGUCCCUCGCGUCCGCACCUGCGGCUACCGUGGCUUCUUCCCCGAGCUGGAAAUUCAUCCAAAGUCCCAGGAAGAAAUGAAGCAACAGGUGAAAGAUGGCGGCAACCCGCCUACAUAUGAGAGCGACAUGUUCUGCUUUACCACGGAUACUCGAAUGGAAAAGCUUGGCCAAUUGGAGUCUUCUGGAAAUGACAUUGAAGCCGUAUUCUGGCUGAAGGAUUUGAUGACGCAGUGGCGGGUGAAAGGGAAAGCCUUUGCUAUUGGGGACCCGACAGAGGACGCAGAACACGAGAAGAUCUCUCGCUCAGAACUUGAGGAUUUCCUUAGAGUCAAGCAGAACUUUAACGGCCCUAUCGAGGAAUGGACCUGGGAGAGGGCUGUGACAAAGUAUUUUGCUAAUCACUCGCCUUUGGCAAGGGGAUCAUUCAAGAACCCAGCCCCUGGCCAGCCGAGAUCCCAGCUACCUAGCGAUCCAUCCUUGAGAAUGGGGCAGAAGGUGAACGAUCUGCAUGAUCCUGUGGCCCGCGGAAACUUCCGAGUUGUGGUCAUUCGACCUGAUGUAGUUGAGCGUCUGGAUCUUUCGAGCCAGGAAGACAUGAGGAGAUGGAUAUGGGUUUUGAACAGCCGUGGUGACCAUUACGGUCAAUAUACUUGGACUGAGACUGAAGUAUGGCCAUAA